UGAGGCUUUUACAACUUUGGCGCGCCAUUGUUUUGAUUUCGCGGGAAAUCUGGACGGAAUCUAUAGGCCUACUCUUGGUGUACACUUCAAGAAACGGUAAAAUUCAGUACUGAGUCGCAGAUGUCAGGCUAUUUCAUUGACAUUAAUUAAUUCGGAGCAACUAAGGCUAGUUUUUCCUCCAGCCUUUUGUCAAGAUGCCGCUGAACAAACAAGAGAUGCGGAUGGGUCAUAGUGAGGGACAAACAGAUGUCUGUUAUGAAGAGACGGGGAAUCAUAUCUUGACAUGUGGGAGUGAUGGUGACGUCCGAAUAUGGAAGAGUAUGGAUGAUGACGAUCCUGAAUCUAUUAACGUCGGUGAUGCUGCUUAUGCUAUUGCAAUGAAGAACAACAGACUGUACACUGCCUCAGAAGCCAACACAAUCCAGGCUCAUACAUUUCCAGAGGGAAGCGCGGAUGGGAUUGUGACCCGAUUCACUGCUCCUGUUACUCACUUCUGUCUGAGUGAGGAUGGAGAGAAAUUACUCGCAGGUGCCAGUGAUUUCACCUUGAAGUAUGUUGACAUUGAAGGCAGUAAUCAGAAGUCCUUUCAUGGUCACAAUGCACCAGUUCUCAGUGUGGCCAUCGAUCCCAAACAUGAGUACAUUGCAUCUUCAAGUUGUGAUGGAACGCUCAAGAUUUGGAGCAUUGCAGACCAGUCCUGGGAGAAAUCAGUCUCACUCAUUCCUAAAUGCAGUGAUGUCAGCCUAUCAAAAACACUGUGUAGGUUGUCAUGGAAACCACAGGUUGGAAAGUUCCUGGCCGUUCCUGUAGAGAAAGAAAUCCACAUCUAUGAGCGAGAUUCCUGGGACUUGGCCUUCACACUGACACCUCAAGACGUUACUGGUUUCAUCUCAGUCACUGCGUGGUCACCUUGUGGGCACUUCAUGGCUUCAGCUAACACUGAUGGACAUAUCUGUAUAUGGGACGUCAAUACAAGAGAGUGCAUAGAUAGAACCAAGCACAACAAAGGUCUAGCCAUAUGCGGCAUGGCUUGGCAUCCUGCCAACGGGAACGAAAUUGCGUAUACUGACGUCAUGGGACAAGUGGGUGUGCUAGAUAAUGUGAUACCCCCAGACAGAAAAACUACAACACAGGUUCAAGUCUUCAAGCAGUCUGCUGAUUUGUUUGACGACGAUGCAGUAGAUGAAGAUUUUCUUGAUGCUGUCACUCAAGCAGAAGUUGAGAACGCUGCGGGUAAACCAACCAAUGAGGGAGAGGAUGGUGAUGAUGUCAUGCCAGCGACGCAACAUAAACGUAUCAUGCAGAUACAAGAUGACGACAAUUCAAUGGAUGGCAGUUCUCGUGCUGGUGAUGAUGGUGCUAGUGUCAUGUCAGGUACCAUGGAUACCAUGGUACCACAGCCAACUACUUAUGAAGGGCCUAAACCCACACCCCUACAGAAACCAUUUAUUCCUGCUGCUACCCCAGUACACCUAGCCAGUAGAUUCAUGAAGUGGAAUUCCAUUGGAAUCAUCCGUUGCUAUGACACUGAAGAUGAAUCUUCUAUUGAUGUUGAAUUUCAUGACACGUCCGUUCAUCAUGCUAUGCAUUUUGACAACCAGCUGAAUCGCACAAUGGCGGAUCUCUCAGCUGAAGCUGUACUGUUAGGAAGUGAGACCAACGGAGAUGUACCCAGCCAAUUAGUUUGUUAUCACUUCGCCUCCUGGGACAAUCAGAAGGAAUGGACGACAUCAUUGCCAAAGGGAGAAAAUAUCAAGUGCCUAACCCUUGGUCGUGGAUGGCUAGCUGUAGCAACUGACAAACGUUUAGUUCGUCUGUUUAGCAUCGGUGGUAUGCAGAGAGAGAUACUUGCCAUUCCUGGCCCGGUAGUCUGCUUAGCUGGUCACGGCAACCAACUCAUCAUUGUGUACCAUGCUGGAACUGGUGUACCAGGCGAGCAGUGUCUAGGAGUGCAAUUACUACACAUUGGUGGGAAGAGGAAACGCUGUGUCGUUUCAGGUGAUAGGUUACCAGUGAGUCCAAAGGCUACGCUAGCCUGGCUGGGUUUCUCAGCUGAAGGGACACCAUGCACGGUGGACUCAGAGGGAGUAGUUAGACUUCUAAAUCGAUCUCUGUUGUCAUGGAUACAGAUUUCUAAUACUAAAAAUCAUAGCAAGAGUCGAUCAGACCAUUUCUGGGUGGUUGGUUUGAAUGAGAGCCCACAGCAGCUACGAUGCAUCCAGUGUAAGGGAGCAGCCUUCCCACCAACUCUGCCUAGACCUUCCAUCAUGGUCCUACCAUUCCAAGUACCUCUAUGUGAUCUGGAUACAGAGAAGGGUAUUAUGGAGGAAGCAUACUGGAGAGCCGAUGCCUUGAGUAAACACAUCGAGUACGGUGCAUCACAAGGCUAUGAGAUUGAUGAGAUGAGUCAGGCACAGACCGACAGAGAGAAACAGGAGAACAUCAUGAAACUGUUUGCGUUGGCAUGUCGUACUGACAGAGAAUACCGAGCCUCUGAGAUCUGUCAACUCAUGACAUCACAGCAUGCGGUUACCUUGGCAAUCAAAUAUGCCAGUAGGUCACGUAGAAUGGCAUUAGCUGAACGACUUAAUCAGCUAGCGCAGCAAAUGAUGGAAGAAGAAAUGGCUGCCAUGGAAACAGAGCAGGAAGAAGAGGAGCAUGAUGGGUAUUAUUCGAAUGCCACCACUACAAAGAGGAGUAGCAGCUCAACGGAAUGGUCUACACUGUCUCGAUCCAAGGCUCCCACCCACCAGGCCUCAAGACAAGAUGAUGAGGAUGACAAUGAGGAGGCACAAGAAGAAGAGGUAGCGAUGGAAGAUGAUGAAUGUGAUGAUGAUGAUGAUGGAAUGCCAGAGAUGAAAUCAAGGAAAGUGCCGACGAUCCUCAUCAAACCUAAGAAAGAUGGUGUAAUAACUUCAGCUUUACCCAGCAGCCAGACCCGAAAGAAUCCCUUCAAGAGAAGUAGUUCUGAAUCUCAGGUUGCUAGCAAAGGAAGUAGUGUCUUUGAUAGUAUGAAGAAACUGACCAAACUCAAAGCCAAAAGUCCGCCUGAAAAACCCUCAGAGCCAAAGCAGAAGAAAGGCAAGACCCAGUCCACUCUGUUUGGCAACAUGAAGUCUCCAAGACAGAAGGAGAAAGAUGAGAGCAAUAAGGAAGGAACAGAACAGACCAUGCCAGUCAACAAACCACCAUCGGCAUUCUCCUAUUGGCUGACAGAGAAUCAAGCCAGUCUCGCUGAAGAAACUCCCGAGUUGUCUGAGUCUGAUCUCAUCAAGCUGGCAACGCAGAAAUGGCGGUCACUCCCAGCAGAGGAAAAGAAGGAUUGGGGAGCUAAAGCCAAACGGUCUGUUCAGUCCUUGGAAGCCGACACAGACCCAAAGGAAAACGCUGCCCAAGAAACAACAGAACUGACGGAGGGGAAGAAACGAAAACUACCUCAUGAUGGGGAAGUAACACAGGGGUCAGAGAAAAGGGUUAAAGGUCAAAUCAAGGUUAAAGGUCAAGACAGUAGCAUUGUCAAGAGGCCACUACUAUCAUCAACAAAUUCUAAGUUGGCAGGAUUUGCAUUCAAGAAAGAUUAGAUGACUUGGAGAAAGGAAAGGAAUAGUCAUGACUGAUCACAGAAUCAUUGAAAGAUAUGUUUCCCGUACCAUUUUUGAGUUUCAAUCCGAAAAAAAGAUUCCUUUUCUAAACUGCCAUUUUUUUAGAAAUGCAAAAGUAAUUCACUUUUGAAUGGAACAUCAACCAAAAAGAUCAGCCCAUGUUCGUUUAUAUUGAAUUAUUACUUUACAAUUUCGAAUUGUUGUCUGAAAGACAAAAAUUCCCUUUAUCGCGGGGGAGCAUGGUUCCCGCCUCACAAUCAGUAUCUAUAAUUUACGGACCGGGACCAGUCUGCUCGCAAAGCGGAUAUCUGUUUGUGCCCAAAACAAAAACUUUUUUCCCAGAGGUUUGCAGAUGUCCAAAAAGGAAGCAAAAACUGAGACUUUUUGAAAAUUUAUUACUUGAAAACAAUUGAGUUUGUUGAAGAGCAGGGGGAACGCAACUUGAAAUCAAUCUAUCAGGGACUGACUAGACAUUGCUGUGUGCAGAACACAAUUCCAAGUGUUGACCAGUCCUUACGAGUCCUCCAAAUGAAAGUCCAUCACAAGUCAAGUCACAAGCUAUUGAAUGAGCACAGCAUUGAUUUGCCUUCGUUCAUCCACUUUCCUUGCGAUGGAAGUUGUGAUUUACUUGUGAUUAACUUUCAAAGUGUAAAAAUGAUUAGGUUUUACUCUAGCUAUUUUUAAACUGAGACUGACUUACACACAAAGGGAGGAAUGGUACUUGAUAAAAUAGGGCCUUGAAUCCUGAGUACCGGUAAUGAUGGAUGAGCUUUGAAGUGCUACGUCAAAUUCAAGCAAGAGUGGGGCCAAUUUCAGAAAUCUGCUUACUGUAAGAAAAAUUCCAGCUUACUAUGGUCUAUGCCAACAAUUAGCAUAUUUCAUUUACUAGCAAAGUUUAGCCGAUGCACAUGCUCACAUACUGUAAAUAGAGAUUUUGCGCUUACAGGCCAACACAAACGUUCUCCAUUUUAAGCACAGAUGUUUGCACUGUGAACUCAAUGAUGUCAUAAAUGCAGAAUGAAAUUGUUAGCAGAGUCAUGACAUUGGCCAAGGAGUUGGAUUUGGAUGGGGUUUCAAACAAUAUUUUGUGUUAUGUUGGUUACUGAACCAAUUAGAUUUAUGAGAAGUUUUGGGGGACAUUGUAAUAUAUAUUUUACUGUAUUAGUCAAAAUGUUUUAACAAAAAGGAUGAUAUUCCUAUACACGAAAGGGUGAUAACUGGUAUUCUUUCAGCUUAGACCACUAUACCUAGUAUUUCUAUUAAACAAUGUUAAAAUUUA